AUGCCUGGUGAACUUGCAUCUGAUGAAGAAUUUGCUGAUCCAGUUCAGAACUUUAAAAUAAAAUCAUACUAUGUCAUAUUGGAUAUUGUUUCUAUACAGAUUCAGGAACGAUUCAACGAAAGUUCAACACCAUUACUUAAAGAUAUUUCUCUUUUUCAGAGAAAACGUUUAAAGGAUGUUUCAAGUAAUGCUUCAAGCCUUUCUGUGGAUGCAUUCCAAGGAUUCGAAAGUAUAUAUGGAAAAUUUGUAUCAGCCAUAGAUCUAAGACGGGAAUAUGUUCAAUUUUCAAAAGCAUAUUUUAGUUUUGAAAAAUUUAUACAACUUCCAAAAAGAAUUCACAAUGUCUCAGAUCAUAUUUUUCAUGAUACUGACGAUGAACAAGGUUUUGAGGAAUCUGGAUUUGGACCUUCUGAACAAUAUAAGGAUUCAACACCAUUACAAACAAUAUAUAACGUAUGUCAUAUGACCGGCUUAAAAAAUAUUUUCCCUGCAAUAUCUAUAGCAUUAGAAAUUGCUCUAACACUUCCUGUAACCAGUGCAUCACCAGAAAGAGCAUUUUCAAAGUUGAAAUUAAUUAAAACUCGUUUACGUAGUACAAUGAUCGAAGAUCGUUUGGAAGCGUUGAUGAUAAUAUCUUCCGAAAAAGACAUACCAGUUGAUAACACUGAAGUAAUCAAUAUUUUUUCAUCCUAUAGUAGUGUACUCCGUAAAUUACUUCAUUAA